UAUUCUGUAUUUCACUGAGUACAUGUCUACAAACCAGGACAUCUCUGCUGCAGUGGCUGCUAUCAACACUCUGAUUGAAUACCUGAAAUUAAGUCAAGCUGAGACAUUAGCUGGUCUUCGAGAUGGGCUGAAGGAAUGUAUCAGAUGGUUGAUGGAAACAGAUAGUUCAGUAACAGCUAUAUCAUCAGGAUGCGAGCUGUUCCUAAGAUUUAUCACUCUUGCAGCCUUAGAUCACAAGAAUUUUAAUGAAUGCAAGAAGAUCUUAGUAAACCGAGGUAAUAUGUACCUAGACACUGUAGCCGGGUCAAGAGAUAAGAUUGCUAAGCUUGGUCAUCCAUUCAUCACCGAUGGAGCAAAUGUUCUGACCCACUCCUAUUCUCGGGUUGUUAUGAAGGUUCUCAUAGAGGCAUCCAAAGCUAAGAAACGAUUCAAUGUGUUUGUUACUGAAUCUUGUCCAGAUAAAUCAGGAUUGAAGAUGGCCAAGGAGUUAGAAGACAAUGGGAUACCAACCGUCAUCAUCCUUGACUCAGCUGCAGGAUACUUGAUGGAGCGGAUUGACAUGGUGAUCAUGGGAGCAGAAGGGAUCGUUGAAAGUGGAGGUAUCAUUAAUAAGAUAGGGACUUAUCAGAUAGCAAGCUGUGCUAAAGUGGCUAAUAAACCAGUCUAUGUUGUAGCAGAGAGUUUCAAGUUUGUUAGAAUGAUCUACCCAUUAAACCAACAAGAUGUCCCUGAUGAAUAUAAGUACCCGGCCUCUAAAAUGAAGCUCAAUGCUGAUCUAAAUCAUGAACAUCCUCUCAUUGACUACACUCCUCCUGCAUUCAUCACGUUACUCUUUACAGACUUAGGCGUUCUUACACCUUCCGGUAUAAGUGAUGAACUGAUCAAACUAUAUUUAUGAUUCAAGAUGGCAUUCAUUACAUUACUCUUCAAAGACUCAAACAUGGUCUGGUACCAGUAAUGAACCAGUCAAAGUAUAUUUAUGAUGCAAAAUGGCAUUCAUUACUCUUCACAGACUUGGGCAUUCUUACAUUGUCUGGUAAUGAACUCUGGUCAAUGACUCCUCAUGAGUACUGAAAUCAUUCUAUAUCAAGGAGAAGGAGUACUGCUUCCAUAGAUGAUAGAUUGCCACAAUAUCAGAUUGAACAAUCUGUCAGGAGGCUACGGAUUUGUUUAUUACAUUACCAGCUUAUCACAUACUCCUGUAAAAUCAUCAACUUAUAUCUACAUGUAUAGUACUGGAGUCAACUAGACAUUGUGUUUAGUACUUUGUGUGUCUCCACUCUGACUAUUCAUUUUAAAUGAAAUAUUUCUCUGUAGUGAUAUUGAAUCAUCUACAUUACUACACCCAGGUGUAGUAAACCCGGUAGCAAGAAAUUUCUUGAAUGCUCAAGCGCCAGAUCAGGGUAGCCCUGCUAAAGCCAGGGUAAUAGUUUGCAGCGCUUAGGAACAUUGUAUUAAGCGCUAUAUAAAUGUUGGACAUUAUUAUUAUUAUAUGUUUAUUGUGGUCUGAUAGUUCUUACACCUUUAAAGCAGAGGGACAGGGUUUGGAAUCCCAACAAUGGAAUGAAUUAUACCUCCGCCAAAGAAAUUUUGAAGGGGUAAUAGUUUGCAGUGCUUAGGAACAUUGUAUUAAGCGCUAUAUAAAUGUUGGACAUUAUUAUUAUUAUAUGUUUAUUAUGGUCUGAUAGUUCUUACAUCUUUAAAGCAGAGGGACAGGGUUUGGAAUCCCAACAAUGGAAUGAAUUAUACCUCCGCCAAAGAAAUUUUGAAGGGGGUACUUUAAGAAUAAGCAUAUGGAUGGGUGGCUUCUGCAACUUGCAAAUCUUAGAGAUCAAACUACCUUCUUAGUUUCUGCCCAAUGCUCAUGAGACAUGGCGCACACAUUUGUCUCGAAGUGAAGAUGUGCAUGACAUAAUCUUUUAAUAUGUUGGGUACUAUGUUGCCAUGGUCACAGCAUAUAAUAACAUUAAAUCUUGAAUAUCUUGCUGAGACAAGUACUUCCUCAUUUUUAAUUCAGUGGUCAUAAUAUACAAAUAUACAAUGGCACUCGAGGAUCUGGCUAAAACUAUUCACAUCGAAGGAACAUCACAUAGUACUAUUCUCCCGAGGGCCAUCGGCCCGAGGGAAAAUACUACUAUCUGAUGUUCCUGAGUGCGAAUAGUUUUAGCCUGUUCCGAGAAUGGGUCAUUGUAUAUUUGUUUUAUAUCCCUUCCACUCAUACCAUUUUACAGCGAAACAAUUUUUAAUAAGUCGAUAUAGAACAAUCGUUGAGAAGUUGAGAAAAUAAUAUUAAAGUCUUGCCGUAUGGAUCGUCUGUUUCCCGUGGCAUGCAGUGGAGAGUACCGUUUGGCUAAGCAGCGCUCUGCUCGCGAAUCGCGAGGCAGGGGGGGUAAAAAAAAACGUAUAGUUCACUCUUUCCCUAGAGAAAAAAUGGACUAUGCGUGAUGUCAGCAAGGAAAAUGAACUAUUUCAUGGCAAACGUUUUUCGUAAUCAAACUAUUCUUUUUCUCCUUGUGUACACUCUCAAUACAACAAUCUUAAGUAAUGGAUAUAAAAACUGAUAUGCAUUGGUCUUAGAGUGAAGACAUCAGAGGCAUAUUUUAGAAAUUAUAUUACUAAUUUUCUUUAGCAAUAAAUUCAUCCGAAUUGUGCUGAAGCUGACUAUGUGUAAUGAUUGUGUACCUGGUAGGAAUAUACAUUUAGCACUUGAUAAAUGACUUCAUUUUCAUAAUUAAAGUAACCUUUUACUUUGUUUCUUUUCAAGUCUUACCAGUCUUCCACAAAUGUGGUUUAAAUAUUCACAAUUUCCAUACAGCCUUAAUUUUAUUUUGAGAAGACAAAAUAAAAUAUCUUGUAUCUUGUAAUUAGCAUACAGGGCACAGGCCAUCUCCACCGUUUCAUUAAAAUGUUUAACAUUUAAAUGCAGUUAUGUAGUUCAUUUCCUAUAAUUUGACAUCUUUCUUAUCACUCAGAAAACACAUUGGCCCGUAUUCUGAAGUCAGGUUUAACUUAAACCAUGGUCUCAUUAUGGGAAGCCAAAAAUGUCAAAAUUUUGUUUGCAUUCUAUAUUUAUUCUAUUUUCAGUGCUCUUUCAUUAUACUUUAAUGGCAAUGGAAACAAAUUCAACUUUUUUCCCAGACAGUUAUGAAUGAUCUGAGUAAUAGAUGAGCUGAUAAAUCAGAUUUGUUACAGAUUUAUUUUACAGUUGGCUAUCCAUAGUUAAACCACAAGUUUAAACCACAGUUUAAAUUAAACCUGACUUCAGAAUACGAGUCACUGAGUUUAAGAUCUUUUAAAUCUCAUUUCAAUGUUUUCUUGACCUGGCUCCAUCUCAUCUCUCAGAGUUACUAUGUGAAUCUAUGAAAAAUCUUUGGUCAGUGCAGAAGGACUUAUUUAAUGUAAAUAGUUUACUUAUGUAAUGCAAGACAAAACUUUAUGGUAAACAUGGGUCUUGGAUUGAGACAAAUUGAUCCAGUUUGGCAAUUCAAAGGUUUAUUGAAAAUUAUAAUAUUACUAGUGAUUAGACAUUGAUCUGUAAUAUUUCCAGUUGCUCUAUUCUUUCAUUGUUCAUUCUUUUUUCAUUUCUUUAAAUGCGUUGAGACCUUCUCAAGGGUACCAUAUGCAAUACUGGGUUUAUUAGCAAAAUGAAACCAAUGUUUCUUUUAUAUCUUUUCUUGAGAAAAUGAUUAAAUCUUUGCCUAUAAAAAUCAUAAUAUCCUAAAAGUAAAUCUCAUUCGCAGUUAAAUUCAACCUUGAUUUUGUGGAAAAUUUCAGGUUAACUAACACUCAUUAAUGACCACCAUUGUUAUGCAUGCUUAACAUAAUAUUAGAUUCAAUACACAGUGAGAUAUGAAUAGAAUAAGAACAGAAAAACUUUAUUUGUGUUUGUGUUUAAUAAACUAUUUGCUUCAAACUUCUUAAAGACAUUUCAAAUGCAUAAAAUAACGUUUUUUUAAGCAAUGUUAAUCAAGCAAAUACAUUACUUUUUUUAAAAGGAAAUGUGUUCAUUGGUGCAGUCCUUGAAACAGAAUUCAGGUUCCAUUGAUAUGCUGUAAUAAUUCAAGUUUAAAGUGAUAUGAAUUUCAUUAGUUUAACGAUUAUUCACCAUUAAUAAUGAAAGUUGUGUUGCUUUUUGUCUCACCUGCAUAGCAGAGUGAGACUAUAGGCGCCGCUUUUCCGACGGCGGCGGCGGCGACGGCGGCGGCGGCGGCGGCGACGGCGGCGGCGGCGGCGGCGUCAACACCAAAUCUUAACCUGAGGUUAAGUUUUUGAAAUGACAGCAUAACUUAAUAUGUAUAUGGACCUAGUUCAUGAAACUUGGCCAUAAGGUUAAUCAAGUAUUACUGAACAUCCUGCAUGAGUUUCACGUCACAUGACCAAGGUCAAUGGUCAUUUAGGGUCAAUGAACUUAGACCAUGUUGGGGGAAUCAACAUCAAAAUCUUAACCUAAGGUUAAGUUUUUGAAAUGUCAUCAUAACUUAGAAAAUAUAUGGACCUAGUUCAUGAAACUUAUACAUAAGUUUAAUCAAGUAUCACUGAACAUCCUGCAUGAGUUUCACGUCACAUGACCAAGGUCAAUGGUCAUUUAGGGUCAAUGAACUUUGGCCGAAUUGGGGGUAUCUGUAGAUUUACCAUCAUAACUUUAAAAGUUUAUGGAUCUGAUUCAUGAAACUUGGACAUAAUAGUAAUCAAGUAUUACUGAACAUCCUGUGCAAGUUUCAGGUCACAUGAUCAAGGUCAAAGGUCAUUUAGGGUCAAUGAACUUUGGUCAAAUUGGGGUAUUUGUUGAAUUACCGCCAUAACUUUGAAAGUGUGUUGGUCUAGUUCAUAAAACUUGGACAUAAGAGUAAUCAAGUAUCACUGAACAUCCUUUGCGCAUUUUAGGUCACAUGACCAAGGUCAAAGGUCAAUGAACUUUGGCUUAAUGGGGGUAUCUGUUGAAUUACCAUCAUAACUUGGAAAGUUGAUGGAUCUUUCUCUUGAAACUUGGACAUAAGAGUAAUCAAGUAUCACUGAACAUCCUGUACGAGUUUCAGGUCACAUGAUCAAGGUCAAAGGUCAUGUAAGGUCAAUGAACUUUGGCCACGUUGGGGGUAUUUGUUGAAUUACCAUCAUAUCUCUAUAAGUGUAUGGGUCUAGUUCAUAAAACGUAGAAAUAAGAGUAACCAAGUAUCACUGAACAUCUUGUGCGAGUUAUAGUAGUUUUCAAAAUCAGCACUGCUGCUAUAUUGAAUCGCGUGAUGCAGGUGAGACGGCCAGAGGCAUUCAUCUUGUUUUAUAUAGAUACUGUACUAUAUGAAAACUUCUAUUUAUUAGCUCAUCCCGCCCGAAGGGCCAGAUGAGCUUGUGGCUUGGUGUCCGUCGUCUGUCCACAAUUUCAAAAUGCUUCUUCGCCAUUUCAAGUCCGAUUUCAAUUCUGUUUGCUUUAUAUGAUAGCACUAGGUGGGGGAUUCAAAACUUCUACACAGAAUUUUGAAACUCAUUAAAUAUGCUAAUUUAUGCGUAUUUGUAAAAAUUCACAUAAAAUGCUUCUUUUUUAAUUGUUUACCGAUUUUGAUUUUUUUUCUUCCAUCUGGUAGAACUUCAUGAGGUUCACCAAACUUCUACACAGAAUUUUGAAAUUUUCAGUAGAAAAUUAUAUAUGCUAAUUUAUGCGAAAUUUAAUCAUAAAUCACAGAAAAUGCCUCUUCUUUAUUUGUUGACCGAUUUUGAUUUUUUUUUCUUCAAUCUGGUAGAGCUGCAUGAAGUUCACCAAACUUGUACACAAAAUUUAGAAAUUUUGUCUAGAAAGUUAUUUAUGCUAAUUUGCAAAAUUUAUUCAUAAAUCACAAAAAAUGUUUUUUCUUCAUUGUUGAUCAAUUUCAAUUUUGUUUGCUUUAUAUGAUAGCUCGAGGUGGUGAUACAAAAUUUCAACACAGAAUUUUGAAACUCAUUAAAUAUGCUAAUUCAUUCAUAUAUUUUCAAAACUCACAAAAAAUACUUAAUUAUUUGUUGAUUGAUUUUGAUUAUUUUUGUUCCAUCUGAGAGCUACAUGAGGUUCACCAAGGUACUACACAGAGUUAAGAAAUUUUGACGAGAAAAUGGUUUAUGCUUAAUUUAUAUGAAAUUUAUUCAUAGAUCACAAAAAAUGCUUUUAUGUCAUUUCUUCAUCAAUUUCAAUUCUAUAUCCUCAAUUUAUGUCACCAAUAUAAUUCACUACAGUGUCAACUGGGCUGAAAUUAAAAUUGUGUAAAAUUUCGUUGCGAGAUGCCGGAUGAGCUCCACAUCAUUGAUGUGUUAGUUAUUAUAUUACCAAGAUCUACCAUACAGAUGUUUUUCAACUACAAGGCUUAUAAUAUAGCCAAUCACUAUUUAAAGACAUUCAAUGACUUCUCUGUUUAUUUUUUUUUUUUUUCAUUUGCAUUCUGGACACUUUUGAAGCCCUUCAUGAUACAUCUUAUUGGUAAUUUUCAUUGUCAUUGUUCCUUUCAGCCAAUCAGAAGCCUUGAUUUCAGUGGCUCGUCAGCUAUGCUUCCCCAGAUUUUCUCCACUGUGUUGUAAGCUACAAAAAGCAAAAUCAUGGUAUGAGGAGCCAUGAUGAAUAUUAUUAUUAUGUUGAAAUAAAGAUCAAAUCUUUCUAUUA